GCUUCAAGUUUAGUCUCCACCAGAAAGGAUCCGUGGUCGGCGGUCAGUCAGUCGUGUUCGUCUCGAGGGCCCGGCUGUGGCAUAUUCUAAAUAAAAUUAAUUUCCCUUUUGCUGGUCUGGGAUUGGAAUGUGACAUUUGCUCGACCGAAGUGUGUGAAAUUAGAAUUAUUGUUUCAUGCUAACUAGACGUCGCAGGAUCUGUGCGUUAUCAAGUGGAAACCAUUGUCCGUCGCAAUGUUUUGGAUUUCCAGAGAAGGGUAAAUGUAAAUUGCAAUUGGUUUCAGAGUUUGCUGGAAAUAUUAAAGAAGUUUGAUGGCCUUGCUGAACGCAAUGUAAGGUGACCCACGUGUGCUGAUUAGUUGAAGGAACAUGAUUCCAUUAGUGCUUCGAUGUGCCAGAAAUCGUUACUCGGGCAUAAAUAAUCAAUGGUGACCUAUGAUGGGAAAAUAUUACUGUCACAGUCGUUGACAUGACAUGGUCAUAGCGUGUCGGAUACAAUUAAGACAGUGGUAAUUUGAGAUUGAAAUAAAAGGGUAAAGCUCUGAAAAAGUUACUUUAACAACGUGUACAUACAAAUAAUACCAAUACAAGGAAUUAAACCGAAAAAAAAUCACAUACAUUCUACAGUUCAAAACAACAAGCCAUACUCAUUGAAAAGUGCGAUUCUACACAGUUUCUGUUCUGUUUCAUGGAAUACGCUCGAUGUGCAACUGAUCAAAAAGCAAGAAGAUUUACAAAGCGUUAGUGAACAAAGCAACGACUAAAGUCAAACAGUGGCAUGAGUAAGUUAUUUUGCCACUUGCAGUAAGGACCUGCCUGUUUAAUGGAGCGGUGAAUGGUGAAAUGAAAGUAAAUGUCAUUGAAGCAAUACUUGAUAGCAAUUGUGAAAAAACUAGGCGCUUUCAUCUGAGAAUAUAAAAAAGUCCCAUUGACGGGAAAAUAUCUAUGGCAUCGCAGCUCCAGUCAGCCCCUGGCAGUGGGAAUAACAUUCCUGGUAGCUCAGGCAGCAAUUCUUCCCUUACAAAUGUGCAUUCCGACGAACGAUUGGUGGUCGCUGUAAGGAUACGACCACUCAGCGAUGGUAACGAGCCAAACUGUGUGCAGGUGGCCUCUCACCGGACGUUGCUGUUCGACGAAGGAAAUAGGAACAAGCCAAAAAAGUACAACUACGACUAUGUGUUUGGUGAAAAAUCGACUCAGGAGGACGUAUAUAAAACGACCACGGCUUCCCUCGUGCAGGACGUACUGAACGGGUACAAUGCGGCGGUGUUUGCUUAUGGGGCAACGGGAUCCGGGAAAACUCACACCAUGCUGGGUCCGAACCCGAAACGAGCAGCGGCCGCUUCCGACCAAGGAGACACAACAGUUGCUUCCGCCAAAUCGCAACAGGACAGUGGCUUGAUGAUCAAAGCUGUCGCGGAUAUAUUCAAAUUUAUCGAAGCCUCAGAGAAUCCGGAUAACUUUAAGAUUUCACUGUCGUAUUUGGAAAUUUACAAUGAGUUAAUUAGAGACUUGCUCAACCCAGGUGGUCCGCUGGAGUUACGCGAGGAUAACAAAGGUAACCAGCUGGUAACUGGACUCUCCGAAAUAUCCACCACUUCCCGACUCGAAGUCAUCCAGUUGCUCAUAAAAGGAAAUAAGGCACGCACGGUGGAGCCGACUGCCGCCAACCAGACCUCAUCGCGUAGCCACGCUCUACUCAGUAUUACUGUGCUCAACCAGACUCCGAUCGGAACCAAACAAGGCCGUCUUUUCCUGACGGAUCUGGCCGGAUCGGAGCGGGCGCGAAAAACCAAAAACCGUGGCAAACGGCUUCAAGAGGGGGCUCACAUAAAUCGCAGCCUACUUGCGCUCGGUAAUUGUAUCAACGCCUUAGCAGGCGGUGCCCGAUAUGUGAAUUACCGAGAUUCCAAGCUUACUAGAUUGCUCAAAGAGGCACUCAGCGGUCGAUGCAAGACGGUCAUGAUUGCACAUGUUGCACCUGAGGCGAAGCAUCGAGAUGAAACCAAAAAUACGCUUGUCUAUGCAGAUCGAGCCAACCAUAUCACGACCCGCUUACAAAACCCAACCAUCUUGGAGGAAAACCGCGAGCUACCUAUUGCACACUAUCAAGGCAUGGUGGCUGAGCUUCGCGAAGAGGUUAGCAGAUUGAAGAACAAAAUGCUGUCGGAUCGUCCGCGGAGUGGAGCAGCUCUACAAAGGCAACAACAACCGGACCAAGACAGUUCAUCCGAGGAACAGCAGAAGAAGAUGGAACUCAAAUAUCUCCGAGAGCAAAUCGUUCAAACAUUCAAGCAACAGAUGAGACUCCGGCGAAGGCUUUUGGAGGCGGACAGUCAUCUUCUGGGCUUGGAGCUGGAUGCCGAACGACAACAUAUGGUGAUCUCGCAUUGGCAAAGCCGGCAAGGCAAGUUGUACGAUCGGAUGGAUGAGGAUGAUGUCGUUGUAGAUUCCGAUUCCGAGGGAAAUUCUGCGCUGCGAUCUGCCUGGAAUGAGCUGUCUGCUAUAGAAAAAGAAGUAAAACGAUAUCGCGAGAUACGGAUUGCUACUGAGCACGAUUUGGAAGAUUGCCGAAAGAGGGGAGUUGCAUUGGAAGAUGAACUUCCGGAAAGGAUCAGCAGUGAUGAAGAGCGGGAAUUAUUAUCUCUACUAUGUAGGGUUCACGAGCUAGAGGCAGAUAAGGUUUCUCUCCAAGCAGAACGUUUGGCUCGCCAGGCGGAACUUCGACGGCGAGAUCUACAACUCUUGCGGGCGGAACGUCAAAGGCGCUUAUGCGAGGAUAUUAUAAGCACGCAGCGUAGAAUUAUAGAAGAGGGAAAAGUAGAACUUCCAGAGGAUCUUCGGGAACUGUAUGCCCUCUAUCAGCAGGAGAUUCACGCUAGCACUUAUAACAGUGGCCUCUAUACGGCCGCCAGUCGAGGGGAUUAUUACGACAGCAAGCUACCUCCAAUACAUCAACGAGAACGAGGAAUGACUUCCCCCGGCAGCUCAAGCUCAAGCUCGGAUUGGUCUCCCUCGCCGCUGCCCCCGAUUGACGCGGAAGGCAACCUCAUCAACCCGGACCGUGUCAUGGGUCCACCCGUGGGACCAAAACUGCCUUCGAUCAAUCGUUUGCGUAGCAGCUAUGGCAGCACUCAGAGCACAUCCAGCGAUGAUUAAAAGAUCUGUCGUCGAAUUGCCACAAAGGUGGAAGGACGGGAGAUUUCUUUUCGUCUAUUGUUAAAAAGAUCAAUUAAAAAUUUGUUUGAACUCCGA